AUGCAGUACUUACACCCGAAAUAUAGCGCCGACGCCGCUCGAGGUCACGAAUACGGCUCUGGUCCUCAUCCUGGAGCAGCUCCUCCGGUUGAGCAGAGCCACAGUCAUGGAUCGUACGGCGCAGCAUACGAUUACGCGUCGGAUAGGGCGCAGGAGUUCUGGGACCGGCUACGAGGCAAGGGUCGGCGGAAGAUUGGGUGGGGCGAGAGUCUGAAGAACAUCGUUCUCUCCUCUUGGCUUAACUGUCUCUUCCUUGCCAUCCCUUUCGCGUGGGCGUCACAUUGGGUGACGAAGAAGAACGCCGAAGGAGAGCGUGAGCCUCUAUGGGGACAAGACGUGACUUUCAUCUUGUGUUUCCUCGCUAUCAUUCCUCUGGAAGGAAUAUUUGACUGGGGUGGCGAGCAGAUGGCCUUGUACCUUGGAAAGGACCUCGGGGACCUCGUGGUCGUCACUCUGAACAAUGCUGUGGAGGCGGCGUUAGCGAUAGUGCUCCUCAUCAAAUGCGAGCUUCGUCUCCUUCAGGCAACGAUCGCAGGCGUGGUUCUUCUGCAUCUGCUGCUCAUCCCGGGCGUCGCUUUCCUUGUCGGCGGCACUGAAGUUCGCCACCAAACACUCCAUCCACACCAGACUGAUAUGAACCACUCGUUGCUGAUGAUUGGCGUCCUCGCAACACUCCUUCCCACUGCGUUCUUCGCUGCUCUCGACCGAGGUGCGAACUCAGUUGCCCAAGGCGCCACUGACGUAUCGACUGCGCUUGUAAACGACAACAUCCGCGACGAGAUCCUCCGCAUCAGCCGUGGUAUCUCUGUCGCUCUCCUCGUUGUUUAUGUCGCCUCGCGCAUCUAUAUGCACAAUCCACCAGGCGAGAACAAUGCACUGACCGUCCCGCACGACGCACCCCCAGAACUCAAACAUGCGGAGCAACACCUGCGUGAAGAAGAGCCCCUCACAAACCCGUGGGCGUGCAUCAUCCUUCUGCUCGUCACUGUCGCGGUGAUGUCUGUCACUGCGGAGAUGCUUGUCGAGAGCAUUGAACACGUGCGGGAAACAAGUGGUAUUCGGGAGGAGUGGUUUGGGCUCAUCCUUCUGCCGUUCGUUUCAUUUUCUGCGGACGGCGCGGUCGCAGCCAUCUUCUUCUGCCAGGCGGUGUAUGAUCGGAUCGCGAACAAGGAAGUCCAGGUGCCUUCGAUGCUUGCGCGGGGCCGAGCAAUCGACCUGUCCAUCCAGUUCACGCUGUGGUGGAUGCCGUUCCUCGUACUCUUGGGCUGGUGGACGUCGAAGCCUAUGCAUCUCCUCUUUGAUUACUUCGAGGUUGCAUUGCUCCUCGGCUCGUGCUUCCUCGUCAACUACAUCACCGCAGACGCGAAGACGAACUGGGUGGAGGGUCUCAUCAUGGUCGCCUUCUACAUCAUGAUUGCUCUGACAGCGUGGUACUACCCGGGACAGCCCUCCGCAGAGUUCAUGCUCGCAUGUACGGAGACCGUAGCGGAAGCCGUAUCUUCUGGAGGGUCGGAGGCAACCUCGGAACUCGCCGCUGAGGCCGCCAAAGACGCCCUGCUCGUCACCCAUACCUGGCGUAGUCUCCUGGCAUAA